UUGCGAAAUAUCAAGGCAAAUAUCCAGCAGAGACGUAAAGCGCUCACGGAUCUAGAGGCUAGAAUGAAGGACAAACCCCCCGAAUUUGUACCUGCUGAAUGGAACACCAAGAUUAGGGCAGCUUGCAAGAGAUUCAGGCAGAACGCCGCAUGCUUGAUGAUCGGUUUGACGAGCUCAAGGGUCUCAACGUGUCCAAGAAGUCUGCAUUGGCUAGUUUGCAAGGAGAAUUUGAAAAUUUAAACUCGCAGCAAGGAAAAAAGCUGGCACAGCUGAAAAAUGUACACGCAGAUGCUGCCAAGGGCUGGGAAUGGCUCCAGGAGAAUCAGGACCAAUUCGAGAAAGAAGUUUUCGGCCCCCCAAUGCUCACCUGCUCCAUUACGGACCAGAAAUACUCGGAUCAAGUCCAGGCAUUGCUUAACCAAGACGACUUUGUCUGCUUUAUCUGCCAGACACCUGGCGAUCACAAAAAACUCAGCAGCCAGUUUUAUGGCCAGAUGGGCAUUGCCGUUUCGAUUCGAACUUGCAGCACCGAGUUUUCAUCAUUUCGAUCUCCUCUAUCUAGAGACCAGCUUCGUGAAUUUGGCCUUGAUGCCUACGCCAUUAACUUUCUGGAGGGCCCUGAGCCCGUGUUGGCUAUGCUAUGUGGAGAGAAGAAACUUCACCUCUCAGCUGUCGCUCAACAGGAUAUCAACAACACCCAGUAUGAAAAAUUGAUGGCUUUUGAAAGAAUACCAAACUGGUCGGCUGGUAAGCGAAUGUAUCGCGUUAUAAGGCGCAGAGAGUAUGGUCCCAGUGCUACGUCAACUAGUACCAGAACCAUUAUGCCGGGCCGCUUCUGGACAGAUCAACCUGUCGAUGAUAGCGAGCGAGUAGAUUUGGAAAGGCGAAUGCAGGAGAUUCGGCAAGAAUUGGAAGCGCUUAAACAAGAAGGAUCGGAGAUCCGAGAAAAGAGGAAAGGCCUGGAAGAUCGCGAAGAAGAAGUUCGAGCAGAAAUUGAUACUUUAAAGCAACAGAAGAAUGAGUUGCAAAAAGCUGCCACGUACUAUGCAACACUUGGAGACAAGAUUCCUAUUGUGAAAGGGCAGCUAGAAGACGCCCAGAAGUCCAUAUCAGAAACCAGGAUACGUAUCUCCGAGUCUAGCGUUCGAUCAGACGAACUUGUGCUCGAGAGAGCACGAGCCGUUCUUCAACACAAAGAAUUGCUUUGUGGCAUGCGAGAUAGUCACCAAGCCUUGUUAGAUGCUCAGAUCCGUCUCAUUGAGGCUAGAUCAGAUGUGAAAGCGCUUGAAGUGCGUAACGAGGAAAUCAGGCAGCGUCUCGAGGACGAAAAGACACAAAUUCAAACGGCUCGAACAGAUGCAGAUCGGCUGAAAGCGGAAGCAGCAAUUGCCAGAGACGUGGUUUCAGAGGCGGUGGCGGAAAACCCAGACCAACUACCCUAUCUGAACGAACUUGCCGCAGGCAAGACCGUUGAGGAGCUCGAUAAUGAGAUAGGGGCUGAGAACAGCAAGCUGGAUUAUGUUCACGCUGUUGACCCGGCAGUGCUACGACAAUUCCAGAAGCGUGCGCAGGAGAUCCAAAAUCUCACACAACAGAGGGAAGAGCUCACCGCCAGGUUCGACUCGCUCUCCCAUAAGAUCGACGAGCUGAGGCAGAAGUGGGAGCCACGCGUAGACGCCCUCAUCACAAAGAUCAACGAUGCGUUCGCCUACAACUUUGAGCAAAUCAACUGCGCUGGCCAGGUGGAUAUCUACAAGGACGAAGAAGACUUUGAGCAAUGGGCUAUUGAAAUCAAAGUCAAAUUCCGACAAAACGAAACUCUCCAACAGCUCAACCAACACCGGCAGUCGGGUGGUGAGCGCGCCGUGUCGACCAUCUUCUAUCUGAUGGCGCUACAAUCGAUGGCGCAGGCCCCCUUCCGCGUCGUCGACGAGAUCAACCAGGGCAUGGACCCGCGCAACGAGCGCAUGGUGCACGAGCGCAUGGUCGAGAUCGCCUGCCGCGAGCACACGUCGCAGUACUUCCUCAUCACGCCAAAACUGCUCACGGGCCUCCGCUACGACGAGCGCAUGCGCGUCCUCUGCAUCGCCUCAGGCGAACAUAUGCCCCCUGAGGGCCGCAAGCUCGACUUCGGCAAGCUUGUUAGUAUCAGGAGGGCCAUUGGCGCAGCUGCUUGAGUUCUGCCGUACGGGCAUUGGCGUUCGUGGGCGUAUCUGCGAUUAGUUUCUCUGCUCUCUCUCUCUCUCUACCUUUGCCUAGGUCUUCCAAAUAAGUUCAUUGAAAAGAGGGCAAAGGCCAAAGUCGCUAAGCUGGCAUAGAUGUAAAAUAUAGCGGCUCAUCACCCGGUAGGGAAGAUUUAUGCGGUUUAUGGGGGUUUUCAGGCAUGGACUUGAUGGAAUUGCCCUUACGCGUUCGGAAUACCAGUAUGUAAGUAGGUACCUAUGUGAUGGGUACCUAUAGGUAGACAAUGUUACCUAGAUAGGUAUUGAAGCGCGCUUUUGAAGAAAUGAAUACCUCAAUCUGUAUGAGAUCUGUACUUGCCUAGUAAUUUAGGAAGAUACG